AUGGAAGCGUCGUUCAUUAGAUCUCUACCGUCCGCCGGGAACUUCGCCAACCUCUUACCGACAGGAACUGCCCUCAUGUUCGAAACCCUUAUCCCUUCUUUCUCCAACGGCGGCGAAUGCACCAACAAACCCGCUAAUAAAUUCCUCACCAUUUCCCUCAUCUCCUUUUGCGCCGCGGCUUGCUUAUUCUCCUCCUUCACCGACUCUUUCGUAGGUGAAGACGGUCGCAUUUACUACGGAAUUGCCACAGCGAACGGUCUCUACAUCCUCAACGACUAUCCAGACGAGGACGGUUAUGAUCCGGAAUCCGGCUUAACUGGCGACAAAAAACGGAGAUGCAAGUUGAGUUUUGUCGAUUUCGUGCAUGCUUUUGUGUCCGUUGUCGUGUUCUUGUCGUUAGCCGUAGAGAGUUCGGAUUUUCGGAGGUGUUUGCUCCCUGAGGACGACGGCCAUAGUUGGGGUGGUCAUUUCGUACUUAUGAUCAAGUAUUUUGCGGUUAUGGUGGUGACAGUGGCGAGCUUUUUCUUUGCUAUCUUCCCCACAAAACGAAGAGGCAUCGGAUUUACGGACAUUCGUUGAUUUAUUUGUACAUUUAUUUGUAUAUGUAUAUGCUCGUAUGGUCUUAAAUGAUCUUAAUCACCACUUUAAAAUAAGUGUUAACAAAGAAAAGAAAGCAUCAUAAAUAUCUUAUUCCAUUCAUGAUUGAUCGGUAUCUUAUUCCAUUCACGAUCUCAAACGAGUGAUCGUCUCACACGGUCCAAAAUAAGUUAAAAUAACAA